CCGGGCGUGUGUGCGCAGGUCUGAUCGAGCGCGAACGGUCUUGACUAUAUAUGGGCAAAGCCGAGCCGUCCGCGCGUCGCCGCCUCUUCCGCGUUCAGUGUUCCGCGAUCCGCCGGUGACAGAAGCGAUCAGAACCGGAUCCGUUCCUCACAGCCGCUCAUUCAUUCACCGCGCAGCAGCCGAGAUGUCCUACGAGCUCAAGAGCGUGUUCGCCAGCCUUCCUCAUAUGGAAAGGGGCGUGGCCAAGGUUCUGGGCGGAGACCCCAAAGGGAACAACUUCCUGUACACCAACGGCAAGAGCGUGAUAAUCAGGAACAUCGAGAACCCAGCGAUCGCAGACGUCUACACCGAGCAUCCUCAUCAGGUGAUCGUGGCCAAAUACUCUCCCAGCGGCUUCUACAUCGCGUCGGGCGAUGUGUCAGGGAAGAUCCGGAUCUGGGACACGACGCAGAAGGAGCACCUGCUGAAGUACGAGUACCAGCCCUUCGGAGGGAAGAUCAAGGACAUCGCCUGGACCGAGGACAGCAAGAGGAUCGCCGUGGUGGGGGAGGGGCGAGAGAAGUUUGGUGCCGUGUUCCUCUGGGAUUCGGGCUCGUCGGUCGGAGAGAUCGUGGGUCACAGUAAGAUCAUCAACAGCGUGGACAUCAAGCAGACGCGGCCGUAUCGUCUGGUGACCGGCAGCGACGACAACUGCACCACUUUCCUGGAGGGGCCGCCCUUCAAGUUCAAAUGCACCAUCAGCGAUCACAGUCGCUUCGUGAACUGUGUGCGGUUUUCUCCGGACGGGAAUCGUUACGCAUCGGCCGGAGCCGACGGACAGAUUUUCCUGUACGACGGUAAAACUGGAGAGAAGCUGGGGUCUCUGGGAGGAGAUAAGGCUCAUGACGGAGGCAUCUACGCUGUGAGCUGGAGUCCUGACAGCACGCAGAUGAUCUCGGCGUCGGGGGAUAAGACGGUCAGGCUGUGGGAUGUGGGCAGCGGGACAGUGGUCAGCACCUUUAACCUGGGCUCAGAUGUUCUGGACCAGCAGCUGGGCUGCUUGUGGCAGAAGAACCACCUGCUCAGCGUGUCUCUGUCCGGAUACAUCAACUACCUGGACAGGAACAACCCUGACCGGCCGCUGCGCACUAUCAAGGGACACACCAAAUCCAUCCAGUGUCUGACGGUCCAUAAGGCAGACGGCCGGCCCAGCAUCUACUCGGCCAGCCACGACGGACACAUUAAUUACUGGGACGCGGCGAGCGGCGAGAACGAGGAGUUCCUGGGUAAAGGACACUCAAACCUGGUGUCCAAGAUGACUGUGGACGAGUCCGGACGUCUGGUGACCUGCAGCAUGGACGACACGGUCCGCUACACCGACCUGAGCAAGAGAGAGUACAGUGCGUCUGAUGUAGUGAAGAUGGACAUGCAGCCCAAGUGUGUCAGUGUGGGUCCAGGAGGUCUUGCUGUCACCGUGUGCAUCGGACAGCUGGUGCUGCUGAAGGACAAGAAGAAGCUCUUCACGCUGGACUCUCUGGGAUACGAGCCCGAGUCCGCAGCCGUUCACCCAGGGGGCGGAGCCGUGGCUGUGGGCGGAGCUGAUGGGAAGGUGCGUCUGUACUCGGUUCAGGGGAACACUCUGAGGGAUGAUGGGAAGGUGCUGGAGGUGCAGGGGCCUGUGACGGACAUGUCGUACUCUCAGGACGGAGCGUUUCUGGCCGUGACGGACGAGAAGAAGGUCAUCUCUGUGUUCACGGUGGCUGAUGGAUACACGGAGAAGAACGAGUUCUACGGUCAUCACGCGAAGGUGGUCUGUCUGUCCUGGUCACCUGAUAACGAGCACUUCGCCACCGGCGGGAUGGACAUGAUGGUCUACGUGUGGACCGUAAACGACCCCGACAAGAGGAUCAAAAUACCAGACACCCACCGGCUGCAUCACGUCAGCGGUCUGGCCUGGCUCAACGCAAACACACUCGUCACCACGUCCCACGACGCCUGCGUCAAACAGUGGACUCUCAAGAUCUAAACCCAACAGAAACGCUCUCGCUGUCUUUCUCUCGCUCUUCCUCUGUUCUCUGUCCUUAGAUCACCGCUGGAAACUGAGUGGAACACAGGCAUCAAGCACUUCCCCUCACACACACACACACACACACACACACACACACGCAUACAUAUGUGACCAGAAUCUGUCAUGUGACAUUCCAGACGCAGGGGUCAGAGUUCACGAGGUGUUCCUGAGCCCUGAUUGGCCAUGAGCUACUCUUCCUUCAUGAGGAGGGACUUUAGGGAGCAAUAAUCAUCAGAAACCAAUCACAGAACCUGUGUGUGUGUGUGUGUGUGUGUGUGUGUGUGUGUGUGUGUGUGUGAGACAGUAUUUUGCUCUCUUCUAACCCUCAUGUGAUGUUUAUUUACCAUGUUUUUGAUUGGAUGUCUCUGAUUCGUUUUUUUCAUUGGGUGGAUGUGAUUCAUAAUUAUAUUAAUGAUAAUAAAACACUUUUUAUGCA